AUGGCCUUCAUUAGUACCUUCUUUUGCCUCCUCCUACUGAUCUCCAUCGCGCUAGCCCUUGUCACGCAGGACACUGUCUUCGACGUCGAGUUGGUCCACUGUGACUCCCCCAAGUCACCACUGUACAAUAGCACGAUGACACCCUUCGAUCGCCUACAAGCCGACGUCGUCCGAUCGGUCAACCGAGCUAGUUACUUGGACAAGCGCAUCGACAUGAAGACCUCCAUCGACAUAGAGGUCGGCUUGAGUAAUGAUGACGCGGAAUACUUCAUGGGUUUCAAGAUAGGCACGCCAAACACGCAAUCUAUGUUGGGCAUCGUCGACACUGGUAGCGGACUAACCUGGGUCAACAGCGUUGGCUGCAAAUGCUUCAAGAAGAAGAACACCAUCCUAUUCAAUCCUAAUGCAUCCCUCUCCUACAAGAAGUUAUCUUGCUUAUCCGAUGAGUGCAAGAGUUUUAGUCUGGCUCAUUGCAAUUUUAAUCGAUUAUGCCAGUCCCGUGUCGCCUACGACGACGGCUCCAAUAAUAUACGGAAUUUUAUCCUCGGAAACCUUCAGUUUCACCUCAAUAGCAUCAUCGGGUUGGGCCCCAGGUCGCCGUCUCUGAUCCAACAACUCGCCCCUAAGUACAUUAGCAAGUACUUCUCCUAUUGCCUGGACAUGCUCCAUAGCGGAGCCAACAACAGGCUCUUCUUGGGACGUGGCAAACAGACGAUCACCGGAAAGACGACGGUCACGCCACUCUUGACGCAAGAUGGCUUCUACGCCGUGCAACUUCACACCAUCUUGAUCCCGGGUGAGUUCAACAUCUUGCUUACUAGGUCCAAGUUGACGGCCGGCAACAUCAUCUUUGACUCCAGCACUGUCAUGACCUUUCUGGACACUCAAGUCUUGAACCAAUUAGUUAGGGAAUUGACGAAUUACGUUAGCUUGCCAAUUGUGAAGACGGGCGAUUACAAGUUGUGCUUCAAUGUGUCCUCGACAGUGCAAGAGGAGCAGCUGCCGAGGGUGUUGUUCUCAUUUGAUGGGACAUUGGGAAACUUCAAGGUGAGCCCUUAUAACUUGUUUAGGUGGUAUAGUGCUGAUGUGAAAUGCAUGGUGAUACUAGGAACGAUUGGUAUACAGAUCAUUGGGAAUACUAUGCAGGAAGAUCUUUUGGUUGGACAUGAUCUAGAUAACAUGGAAUUGACCAUUAUAGAGAAAAAGUGCACCGAGUUAUACAAUCCCUAA